AUGUUUAUGUUUAUACAUAGAUUUUACCUUCACCUAGACCUCUCAUUUCUCCCAUAUAUAAACAAGAGGGGAUCCGGAUAUAAAGGCUGUCCCCUCGAUAGUAUAACUAUCACUACCGACACCAACACUCUUAAUCACUUACUAGCCACUGGAGUGAAUUUUCCGUCGCUGAUACAAAUAAAAGUCACCCCUCAACAGACAAUGCGACUGAUAUUGAUAACGAUAUUGGCGUUAGUGUCAUCUGGAUUUUCGCGAGACUUUCGCAACGAAAGACGACUACGCAAGUAUGGACCUCUACCUCUUAAGGACAAAAGAGGCUCAGAAUUCGGUCACCCAGGACAUUCUUACUUCAUGCCGAGUCACCCCAAUGGACCCUACUCUGGAGGAAAUUCUAAAGGCUACGAAGCUUUAGGAGGUUACGGACCUCCGUCCGGUUCAAAAGGCUACGAAAGUUAUCUCAUGUCGCCCUCCAAAGGUUACGAAAGUUCGGGACAUUCCUCUUCAAAAGGAUACGAGGGUUUGGGGAGCUACAGCAGUCCAACACCUUCCAAAGGAUACGAGAAUUUGGGGAGUUACAGCAGUUCAACACCUUCGAAAGGUUACGAGAGUGCCAAACAAGGAAGCGGAGAAGCCGGAUAUUCUCACGGAAGCUCAGGACAGGGUGGAUUGAACCUCGCGGCGUUAACUCUCGGGCAAUCUUACGUACCAGCUAUAUCAGCUGGCAAAGGUGGACCAGUUACUUUUGAAUCGCAAGGCCAAGCUUACAUGAGCCAACUGUAUUCUUCUCCUGCUCAAGCUCUGUCUUCCAUCAACCUCCAAGGUCUCCACGGAUUCACCAACUCUCAAGGUGUCGGCAUUCCAGUGAUAAGUUUCGGAUCUGGGUACUCUGUACCCGCUGCUGUCUCUACCCAGAGCUACACUGUUCCAGCUUCUGGCCACAGGCUGGUCAUUUCAGCUGGCCAUGGACCUUCUCACGCUCAAAGCGCCCAGUCUUCUCCAACACCAGCUUCAAGUUACGAAACUUCUUCUUACCAAGUGCAAAGCGAGUCAGGCCCCAGUUACCACGUUCCAUCUUCCUCUUCUUCUUCUUCUUCUUCUUCUUCUUCUUCUUCUUCUAGUUCUAGUUCUGGCUACCAAGUUCAAGCUCCGUCGACCAGUCCUAGUUAUCACCAACCACAACAGGGACAAAGUUAUCAGGUUUCAAUAAGCCCAAGCUAUCAAAUUGCCUCGAGUCCCAGCAGUUAUCAAUCCAGCGGAAUGCCCUCCAAUUCCAACUAUCACUCUGGAUCUUCAACUUCUUAUCAGGCUGCUCCUUCCAGCGGGUCUUCCGGAGAAUCUAACUACCAAUCAUCGUCCUCUUCGUAUUCUGAGCCAAGUUAUCACUCGGAAAAUAGUUACUCGAACCCCUCUUACUCUGUUCCAAGCACUAAUUACGGAACGCCUUACGCUACUGCCCAGAAAAUAAUUUACUCACCCCCUUCUCAGUACACUGGGCAGUCUUCUUAUCCUCCUACCAGUUAUUCGAAUUCUGCAGUUUCUUACGGGCCCGCUGAUAGCUCUCAGAGUUCUUAUUCGUCCUCAGAAUCGUACUCGGCUCCUCAGUCCCAGUUGCAAACGUAUUCAGAACACCAAGGUGCUUACUCAAACCCUAACCCAAUGUACUUGAGCUACGCAUACAAACCAGGAAUGUACAGAAAUAUAAAGGCUGAUCCAAAAUAUGACACUAUCUCAUAUUCAGAUUCAGACCAGCCGAUGGAAUAA